GGGUUAUUAGCAAAUGAGAUGUCUGCAGACCCAGCCGAAGACCUUAGAGCAUUUGAACAGCGACUUGUCGAUUGCGUGGCAGCUCUGCAGCCGGAAGCAUUCAAAUGGAAAGUCCUUCUUAUUGUUCUCAUUGUAUGGAACGUAAUGACUGGUCUGGGAUGGCUCGUAGAUGCAAACGGGAAUAUGGGAUUUUUGGAAUCUCUGUGGCACCACAAGGCUUUCUCGUGCGGCUUGAUUUUACUGUUUGUGCUGCUGGUAACAAAUCAAUAUCAAAAGGCUUUAGCGCCACAGAUAGUUAUGGCUAGAUGUCGAAGUGUACUAAAAGAGUACAAUAUGUCGUGUGACGAGAAUGGUCGACUUAUCCUAAAGAAACAGAGACUACCUCAUCCAGUCAGAUGACACAGUAUUUCAGUGCAGCUUUUGUAUACCAUCAGGGAAUGAUGAUGACAGAUCAAAUGUGUUCAUUGAUAGCCACAGUACUGCUGCAACCACUAUUUUCUCAUCCAAAUCAAUGGAUGUAUAGAUUAGUUGCUUUUUACAGAAGCAGGUGGUUAAACACAAAAGGGUUUUUAGUUUGCAUGUAGUUCAUCAAACAAUAAAGUAAUCGCUCAACAAGAGUGUUUUUUGUAUCUAGGUAAACCUCAUUAGACAAAUCAUUUCUAUUUUAUGCACAAAUCAACCUCCAAAAAGA